AUUAAAAUAGUGUGAAAACGACACCCCGUACAUAAAAAUAGAGUCAAAACAACACGAUUAAGAUAACCUUCACAAUCUCUAUAGAUAUUCAUAGAUCUCUUUUUCUCUCUCGCGCGUAUCGUUUGAUCGAACUCCCGAAAUUAAUUUAUUUUCAAGGCAAGAUCGAGGGUUUUGUGUAAUCUCCGAGAAUCAACCAUGUUUAAUCGGCUUUUUGGGAAACCUAAACAGGAAACCAAUGCUUUAACUACGCUUGACAAGUUAAAUGAGACUCUUGAAAUGCUUGAGAAAAAGGAGAAAGUGCUCCUGAAAAAGGCUUCUGUAGAGGUUGAAAGGGCCAAAGAAUACUCCAGAGCAAAGAACAAAAGAGCUGCUAUACAAUGUUUGAAGAGGAAGAGGCUAUAUGAACAACAAAUAGAGCAGCUUGGGAAUUUUCAAUUACGCAUUCAUGAUCAGAUGAUUAUGUUAGAGGGUGCGAAAGCCACAACUGAGACUGUAGAUGCAUUAAGGACAGGAGCAUCUGCAAUGAAGGCAAUGCAGAAAGCAACGAAUAUAGAUGAUGUGGACAAGACCAUGGAUGAGAUCAAUGAGCAGACAGAGAACAUGAAACAGAUACAGGAAGCAUUGUCAACUCCUAUUGGUGCAGCAGCCGAUUUUGAUGAGGAUGAGUUGGAAGCAGAACUUGAAGAACUGGAAGGUGCAGAGUUGGAAGAACAGCUUCUUCAGCCUGCCACCACAGCUCCGGCAGCACCAGUGCAAGUUCCUGCUGGCAGGCAACAAGCUCGCCCUGUUGCACAGAAGCACACAGCUGAGGAAGAUGAACUUGCUGCAUUACAAGCUGAGAUGGCACUUUAAGCAGCGGUUGUUACUCAGAUAUGAAGUGUAUGUUUUAAAGACUGGUCAUCCUCUAUACGGAGAUCUGUACUCUUCCAAUCUUGCAUCGAGAUUUCUGUGUGCAUUCAAUGAAUAGACUGUAUAUACAAUUGCAUAAACCAAAAUGAAGUCCCACUCAAAAUAUGUAAUAUGUAUUAUGCUUUCUAAACCUUUGAAUUGAGUUUAUUGUCUGGUGAUGUCUUUUUUUAAUUUUUAAUUUUGGAAAGUUUAUUUAGUUGUGGGAGGCUUUGGCAAAAUUUAAAUCUCAUGAAAUACUGCCAAUUUGUAAGUCACAUAUAAAGGAAAGUGUUGCAAAUAUAUGAUUGAGUUGUUAUCAUCAUAAACACUAUCAGUAUUAUUAUUAAUAUUGAGGCAGAAAGAAAUUUCAUCUUA